AUGGACUUAGAUGCUAUUACAAAACACUCCACAUCACACGCCAAGCCCAAUGGACUCGUUCUUCAAUACGGGACAGCUGGAUUUCGAACGAAGGCAGAACAUCUUGACCAUAUCAUGUUUCGCAUGGGAUUGUUGGCUGUCCUGAGGUCAAAGCAUACAAAAUCAACGAUAGGAGUCAUGGUAACUGCAUCACACAAUCCUGAGGAAGACAAUGGUGUGAAAUUGGUGGAUCCUUUGGGUGAAAUGUUAGCACCUUCCUGGGAGGAACAUGCUACCUGUUUAGCAAACGUUGAGGAGCAAGAUAUACAGAGAGUGCUGAUUGACAUCAGUGAGAAAGAAGCAGUGAAUUUACAGCAAGAUGCCUUCAUAGUUAUUGGUAGAGAUACCAGGCCCAGCAGUGAGAAACUUUCGCAAUCUGUUAUAGACGGCGUGACUGUUUUGGGAGGUCAGUUCCAUGAUUAUGGCUUGUUAACAACACCCCAGCUGCACUACAUGGUAUACUGUCGAAAUACCAGUGGCCAAUAUGGAAAGGCAACUCUAGAAGAAUACUACCAAAAACACUCAAAGGCUUUUGUGGAGCUUACCAAACAGAUUUCCUGCAGUGGGGAUGAAUACAGAACACUUAAGGUCGACUGUGCAAAUGGUAUAGGGGCCCUGAAGCUAAAAGAAAUGGAAGACUACUUCUCACAGGGGCUGUCAGUUCACCUGUUUAAUGAUGGGACCAGAGGGAAACUCAAUCACUUAUGUGGUGCUGAUUUUGUGAAAAGUCAUCAGAAACCUCCUGAGGGAAUGGAAAUGAAGUCCAAUGAAAGAUGCUGUUCCUUUGAUGGGGAUGCAGACAGAAUUGUUUAUUACUACCAAGAUGCUGAUGGUCAUUUUCAUCUCAUAGAUGGUGACAAAAUAGCAACGCUCAUUAGCAGUUUUCUUAAAGAGCUUCUGUUGGAGAUUGGAGAAAGUUUGAAUAUUGGAGUGAUACAAACUGCAUAUGCAAAUGGAAGUUCAACACGGUAUCUUGAAGAAGUUAUGAAGGUACCUGUCUAUUGUACUAAAACUGGUGUGAAACAUUUGCACCACAAGGCUCAAGAAUUUGACAUUGGAGUUUAUUUUGAAGCAAAUGGGCAUGGCACCGUACUAUUUAGUAAAGCUGCUGAGAUGAAGAUAAGACAACUAGCAAAAGAACUAGAAGAUAACAAAAGGAAAGCUGCUAAGAUUCUUGAAAACAUCAUUGCAAUUUUGGCUCUAAAGGGUUUGACAGUACAACAAUGGGAUGCUCUAUAUAUGGACAUUCCAAACAGACAACUCAAAGUUAAGGUUGCAGAUAGGCAAGUUAUUAGUACCACGGAUGCUGAAAGACAAGCAGUUACACCCCCGGGACUACAGGAGGCAAUCAAUGGCCUGGUGAAGAAGUACAGGCUUUCACGAGCUUUUGUCCGGCCCUCUGGAACCGAAGAUGUAGUACGAGUAUACGCAGAAGCAGAUUCCCAAGAAAAUGCAGAUCGCCUUGCACACGAAGUAAGCUUGGCAGUAUUUCAGCUGGCUGGAGGAAUUGGAGAAAGACCCCAACCAGGUUUCUGA